UUUCGAUAAGUUAACGACGUAAUGCUCCAAGAACGAGGUUGUAAGGCAGUAAACGAAAAGUCAUGGUUGUGGCGGCUCUCUUCUGAUCGGACUGUGAGAGAAUGAGAAGCAAUGCAAAACAAGACUGGUGCUGAAGAGGUGCAGGUGUACCUUGCUUCCUGAUCGCAAUAACAGCUGCCUCCUUUCUGCCUAAUAAUACCUACGCAGCACCUAUUUUUGUUUUGUUUUGUAGUCUUGGUCUCUUUGAUCUUUGCGCCCAUAAUUGAAGAUUUUCUCAAGCUCCUGGACCUAGACUAGACCACAAGACCGUCACACAUUUUACUUUGAAUUUGUCGGUCAAACUUCGCUACCGCGUCCACGUCACCCUCCCAAGACUGCUACCCCGCCAAAACUUAAGGCCGAUUAUUUACGAGGCAGGGGUUGUUACUUUUUUUUCUCGGUCUACGAAAUCGACUGGGGACGACAAGGGCGACUAAAAACGUUUAAUCAUUCGACAACCGCCUACCUUUGCCUUAUCUACGACCCCCUAACUACCUGAACUUCAUUACCUUCGUAAACGGACAUACGUACAGCAUAUUGUCUAUCUGCAUUCAACCCCCCAUCACGAUUACAUUCGGCAUAAACCUUAUUUACCCAGCUUCCAUUUGAUUCCCUCCGCGACAAGCUCAGAAAUCCCAUAAAAGACCGCCCGUCAUGGUCGUCGACACCGCGUACUACGACACGCUCGGCGUGCAGCCGACGGCGACGGAGCUCGAGAUUAAAAAGGCGUACCGCAAGCUCGCCAUCGUGCACCACCCGGACAAAAACCCCAACGACCCCAACGCGCACGAGAAGUUCCAGGAGAUUGGCGAGGCAUACCAGGUUCUGUCGGACCAGGACCUGCGCAAGGCCUACGACAAGUAUGGCAAGGACCACGCCAAGCCGACCGAGGGCUUCGCCGACCCGGCUGAGUUCUUCACCAGCAUCUUUGGCGGCGACGCCUUUGUCGACUGGAUCGGAGAGAUCAGCCUCAUGAAGGACCUGACCGCCACCAUGGACAUCACGCUCAGCGAGGAGCAGGAGGCCGAGGAGGCCGCUGCUGCCGCCGCUGCUGCGGGUGGUGCUGGCGCUGCUGGUGCCGCGGGGACGGCUGCGGGUGCUACGGAUGCAGAGUUCCCCGGUACGGAUGAGGCGAUGAAGGAGAGCAUGAAGACGGGCGCGGCGCCAGGUGCUGCCCCCGCUGCAGACCACACCACCGGCGCGCCGGCACCACCGCCGCCGACGGUAGUAGUCGAGGAUGAAAAGGCGGGUGCGGCAGCACCUGCCGCGGCCGGGGCCGCCCCGAGCCCGUCGCCGACACCAUCUCGCACAUCAACACCAGGGCCUUCCGGGCGGUCAACUCCCGGAAAGCACGCGAUCCCGCUCCGGCCGGCGCUGAUGGACAGGCCAUCAGACUCGUCGGAGCUGGGCACGACGGAGGAGGAGAGGAACCUGCGGGCCAAGGGCAAGAAGGCGAGUCUGAGCAAGGAGCAGCGGGAGCAGCUGGCGGCGUACGAGCGGGAGCGGGCGCGCAUCCGACAGGAGAGGGUGGACACGCUGGCGCAGAAACUCAUUGACCGCAUCAGCAUCUGGACCGAGACGGACAAAGGCGCGGACGUGACGGCGGCGUUCAAGGAGAAGACGCGACUCGAGGUAGAGAACCUCAAGAUGGAAUCGUUCGGCCUCGACAUCCUGCACGCCAUCGGUCAGACGUACGUGGCCAAGGCCACCAGCCUGCUGCGGAGCCAGAAGCUGUUUGGCAUCAGCGGCUUCUUCAGCCGGAUCAAGGACAAGGGCACCAUCGUCAAGGAGACGUGGAACACCAUCAGCUCGGCCAUCGACGCGCAGCAGAGCAUGGAGGAGAUGGCCCGCGCCGAGGAGAAGGGCGGCGAGGACUGGACCGACGAGAAGAAGAUGGAGUACGAGAGGCGGGUCACGGGCAAGAUCCUGACGGCGGCCUGGAGGGGUAGCAAGUUUGAGAUCCAGAGCGUGCUGCGCGAGGUGUGCGACGCCGUGCUCAACGACAAGAAGGUGCCUUUGGCUAAGAGGCUGGAGAGGGCUCAGGCGUUGGUGAUUGUCGGCGAUAUUUGCGCAAAGGCUGCACGAACCCCCGAAGAAGAGGGCGACUACAUGGCCUUUGAGCAGCUCGUGGCCGAGGCGGCCAUGAAGAAGGACAAGAAGGAAAAGGAAAAGGACAAGAAGGAUGACAAGACCCCGGGCAAGAAGGAUGACAAGUCGGCAGCUGCCGCAGAGACUGCGGCAAACGCUCCCAAUGUUCCCGAGGCUGGCAAGUCGUAAGAUAACUUUUGCGAGGCAGCAGGGCUGUCAUCAGACUUGGGGAGGUGGAGGUGAAUACCUGUAAUACGAGGCGUGUAUCCUGCGAGGCUUGUGUCUUUUUUUUCGGCCUUUUUUACUUCUUUUUUUUUGCAAUGGGGUUUUUGAUCGUCCAUAUUUUGCCCUAGAUUAGUAUUCUUCUUUUUCUUAUUCUGGCUGUUUUCUCGGUCCCGUCAUCACCCUCUUCAAUACCACUGCAUAGAUGUUUUAUAGAUUCGAAAAAGCUGCAGGUACCCUAGUUGUACUCAACCGGUAAUUAAUCAGCUCGUGAUGAUCAGGUA